GAGGAGGAGGAGGAGGGACAGAGCUGAGCAUGCCGGGAUUGCAACGGUAGUUCCUUCCGGAGCAAGGGAGACUGACGGCAGCGGGAAGCAGAGCACGGAAGAUCAAGAGGUGUAAUGGCCGUGCUGCUGGAAACCACGCUGGGGGAUCUGGUGAUCGACUUGUACACAGAAGAGAGGCCUAGAGCCUGUUUGAAUUUUCUGAAGCUCUGCAAAAUCAAGUACUACAAUUACUGCCUUAUACAUAAUAUACAGACAGAUUUUAUCAUACAAACUGGAGACCCUCAGGGGACCGGCCGUGGAGGCGAAUCAGUUUUUUGCAAAUUGUAUGGGGACCAAGCUAGAUUUUUUGAAGCAGAAAAAGUGCCAAGAAUUAAACACAAGAAAAAGGGGACAGUGUCAAUGGUGAACAAUGGCAGUGAUCAACAUGGAUCUCAGUUUCUUAUUACUACAGGAGAAAACUUAGAUUACCUGGAUGGUGUGCAUUCAGUCUUUGGUGAAGUAACAGAAGGCAUGGAUGUAUUGGUGAAAAUUAACGAGGCUUUUGUUGAUAAGGAUUUUGUUCCAUAUCAAGACAUCAGGAUAAACCAUACAGUGAUCUUGGAUGAUCCAUUUGAUGACCCUCCUGGUUUGGCAAUACCAGAUUGUUCACCAGAGCCCACCAAGGAACAGUUGGAUAGUGGGAGAAUAGGAGCUGAUGAGGAGAUUGAUGACUUCAAAGAAAGGUCUGUUGAUGAAGUGGAAGAAAUUCUGGCAGAAAAAGAGGCAAAAACUCAGGCCAUUCUUUUGGAAAUGGUUGGAGACUUGCCUGAUGCAGAUAUCAAGCCUCCUGAAAAUGUGCUGUUUGUCUGCAAACUUAAUCCUGUGACAACGGAUGAAGACCUUGAAAUCAUAUUUUCCCGAUUUGGGCCAAUAAAAAGUUGUGAAGUGAUUCGUGAUUGGAAGACUGGUGAAUCCCUCUGCUAUGCUUUCAUUGAGUUUGAAAAGGAGGAAGAUUGUGAGAAAGCUUACUUUAAGAUGGAUAAUGUAUUAAUAGAUGACAGGAGGAUACAUGUGGAUUUUAGCCAGUCUGUUGCAAAGAUUAAAUGGAAAGGAAAAGGUGGGAAGUAUACGAAAAAUGAUUUCAAAGAAUAUGAAAAGGAUUGUGACAAAACUCCUAAAUUAAGCCUGAAGGAGAAGGUGAAGCCCAAGCAAGACUCAAGAUAUGACCUUGUAUUGGAGGGCGAAGAGGACGAAGCCAGAACAAGUCAUAGGCAUGUUGAUAAAAAGAAGAAGCGCCACUAUUCAGAUGACACUGAUGAGGAUGAGAAGAGGUCCAAAAAAUCUAAGGUGCUGUUCCCUUGCGCUUUGAGCUUACUGCUGUGUUGCUUCAUCAUGGAAACUUCGGGUCAGGACCCUGACCGAAGGCACAAAGAAGAGAGAAGAAAAAAUGACAAGCGAGAGAGACGUCGGAGCCGCAGUCGCAGCCAGUCUUGGGAUAAAGAUGACCACUACCGAAAGUCUAAAGACAAAUACCAUGAGAAGAGGAAAGCCAGAAGCCCUAAGAAGCCCAAAGAGAAAGAGAAGUCUAAGUACAGAUGAAUGAGAUUAAGAGACGAAAACUCUUCCCCAGUGUUUUUCUGCUACUGAGACCUCUAGUCACUCCUUCAGGCUUCCUUUUUAACUUUUGAUCCUGGGACUCUAUAGGAAGGCAGCUUAUAAUGUGGGGCUAGUAGAAUUUUGACUGACUAUUUUGGCAGUUAAAGCAUUUUGUUUUCAUUUGUGAUGUAGACUGCAGGGAGUCAACUUACUGCGGAAUGGUAAUGAGGAAUCUGCAUUAUCUGAUUUAUUAUAAACUACCCACCAAAAAAGAACAUUAGUAAUGUCAGCCCUUAACUUUAGAGGGCAUACUCAAAGCAUAUGUCAACUCUUAAGGGUUACUUAAUUCAUGAUUAAUUUCCUACUUUGUUACCCUUUCUGUGUAGGAAACUGCCUAUAACUCAAGGGUAUAUCAUUGUGCCUGACAGAAGUAAGUGGGUUUUAUUUUGCCAUGGAAACGUGCUGCCAGCUGGGGCUUCCUGUUGUAUGUAUUGAAAUAGUGUUGUGUGUGUUCAUCACAUAGGAUGUAUACACAGAUUGUAUAUUCAGUUCCUCCAUGGAACUAACAUUCAAGUAAAGUUUGUCAUGUACAAAGUA